UCGGAGAGACGCGGCAAGUCUCCGGUACCGUAGAACUUUCCGGCCCUGCGCAUCACACCAACCUAAGGAGAAACUCGGAUUGCCUUGCCGCGAUGAGAGUUCAGCUCGAGUCUCAGAAGUCCUGGAUUGAAGGAGUCUUCGAAAAAAGGGAAUGUGCCCGAAUUAUACCCAGCUGUAAAGAUCCUCACAGGUGCUACUGUGGAAGAUUGGUUGGAGACCACCAUGGGAUGGCAUAUCACAGGACUGCCUCUUCAACUACUGGAGGCCAAGAAGAGGAAGAAUGGUCUGUGGAAAAACACACAAAGAAAAGUCCUACUGAUACCUUUGGCACUAUUAACUUCCAGGAUGGAGAACAUACCUGCCAUGCCAAGUAUAUACGAACAUCUUAUGAUACAAAUUUGGAGCAGUUAUUACAUCUCAUGUUGAAAGAAUGGAAAAUGGAACUGCCAAAACUUGUGAUCUCUGUUCAUGGGGGCAUUCAGAACUUUGUGAUGCCCCGCAAACUGAAGCAGGUUUUCGGUCAAGGGCUGAUCAAAGCUGCAGAGACAACUGGAGCAUGGAUAAUAACUGAAGGCAUCAACACAGGAGUCUCCAAGCAUGUUGGGGAUGCCCUCAGAGCACAUUCCUCUCAAUGCCUCAGAAAAAUCUGGACAGUUGGAAUCCCUCCUUGGGGAAUUAUUGAGAACCAGAGAGAUCUUAUUGGAAAAGAUGUAGUCUGCAUGUACCAGACUCUGGGCAAUCCCCUUAGCAAGCUGACCACCCUCAACAGCAUGCACUCAUAUUUCAUUCUGUCAGAUGAUGGUACUGUGGGGAAAUAUGGAAAUGAAAUGAGGCUGAGGAGGAACCUAGAAAAAUACCUGUCAUUGCAAAAAAUACAUUCCCGAAUGGGCCAAGGUGUACCAGUGGUGGGUCUGGUGGUGGAAGGAGGCCCUAAUGUGAUUCUCAUGGUGUGGGAGUUUGUCAGAGUAAGCUCCCCAGUUCCCGUGGUGGUCUGUGAGGGUACAGGCAGAGCUGCUGAUGUCUUGGCCUUCACUUACAAACACACAGCUGAUGAAGGGUGA